AAUUCGGAGAAUUCAUUAUUGUUUGAGAUUUUUGGUUGAUGAAUCCAAAUUUGAUAUACUACUUUUCGAAGUCCAACGCAAUCUUGUGGUAGUGAGUUAUUGGUUUAAGUUGAGAGAGAUGUAUAUUAUCGAACAACUGCAAGAGGAGGGAUCGGAGAAUGGAGCAGAGGAGCAAGGGAGUGGUGAUAUCAGUGAAGAUGCUGCUGUUUCUUGGGAGGCAAAAAGGGUUUUGGUCGGUGCUGGAGCGCGUGCACUUUUCUAUCCCACAUUGUUGUACAAUGUUGUUAGAAACAAGAUUCAGUCUGAGUUUCAUUGGUGGGAUAGGGUUGAUGAGUUCGUUCUGUUAGGAGCUGUUCCAUUUCCUACUGAUGUUCCACGCUUGAAGGCUGUUGGUGUUAGCGGAGUGGUUACCUUAAAUGAACCAUACGAGACUUUGGUUCCAACGUCAUUAUAUCAUGAUAAUAGCAUUGAGCACUUGGUCAUUCCUACAAGAGAUUAUCUUUUCGCUCCAUCGUAUGGGGAUAUUGACCAGGCUGUAGAAUUCAUCCAUGAUAACGCACUUUGUGGAAAAACAACAUAUGUUCACUGCAAAGCUGGCCGAGGCCGCAGCACUACCGUUGUACUCUGUUACCUGGUUAAACACAAGCUGAUGACCCCUGAUGCCGCAUACAAUUAUGUGAGGACCAUUAGGCCAAGGGUCCUGUUGGCACCUUCCCAGUGGCAGGCUGUUCAAAAUUACUAUCACGGACUGAAGAAACCCAAGAAAGACAUUGGCACGGAAUGUUCCCUAAAUAGAAGUUUAGGUUCCUCAAAAACGUUAGACCUGGAAGACUUUGAUGCUGAUGAUGACUCUUUGGUGCUGGUAACUGAAUCAGACCUUGACGGAUACGAGGAAAACCAUGCUGAUAUCCCUGGUAAAAACAUGCUGGCUGAAGGAGCAAUUGCCCGACUCUCAUGCCUUUGGCUUCGUUGCCAGUCAGGGCAGAAAGUGCUGAAAAAGAAUCUUGGAAGCCCUGCUCGGAACAGUGAGAUGAGAAGCGUGGGUGUUGAUAUUAUUCGUGUUUGUUGAGCGACUUUCAUGCCUUUGGCUCCGUUGCCAGUCAGGGCAGAAAGUGCCAAAAAAGAAUCUUGGAAUUCCUGCUCGGAACAGUGAGUUGAGAAGUGUGGGUGUUGAUAUUAUUCGUGUUUGUUGAGACGAAUGUUCACCAGAGUCUGAAUGUGCCCCCCCUUCCCCCUCUCCCCAGCCUCUUUAUGUUUUUUCUUCAUUUUGGAUCCGUGCAAAAACCAUCACAUUUAGGGAUGUUGGCUUAUGGAAGCUCCUUUGCACACAUGGUACAGGUUUCAGGAAGUCGGAUUUAGUAAGUGUCGAUAGAGAGUUUACUCUGUGUACUUGGUUGAGUUGUUUCUAUGAGUGGGAAUAAGAUUAUAGUCUGUGUACGUAAAUGAGUUGUUCUACGAGUCCGGAAUAAGCAGGAGGUUCGUUUAUGUACCGAAGCUGAUUUAAUGGAAACCAGUUUCUGUAUCUCGUUCUCUGUUCUGAUGGGAAUUUUUGUUAUUAUUUAGGGAGAGGAAUGUUUAAAAAUUUAAUACCUUAUCAACAUUGUAUAACGGUUAUUGAAAUUUUGCUGCUUAUAAUUGCAAUGGUUAUUUGAUA